GAUUUGAGUCAGCCAUAAUCAUUUCCUACGCCGAUAUAAUGCUUAAGGGGCGGGGGAAGGAGUGCUAGGUGGGUGGCGUAGUGUGGCGCCGCAAGCGAGAUUGGGUCGAAGUCGUAGCGGUGCUGCAUCGUAUCUGGGCCCACGCCAAGUAUACCGAGGACAGAGCACCAUCACCACCAGAGACCGGAUCACCCAUAGCUCCUCCAACGAUGCGAGUUCCGAGCGAAACCUCCUACGCGAACUCGGCAAUACCGCACAAUGCAUCCAUCGCGUACCCCCUUCCGGUGUUCAUCAAAAAGCAACGCCACGACCUCCCUGUAUACCCUAUCCAUGAAAUCCACAUCGCACUCGACAAUCAUUCGGGAAUAUCCAGAUGACUCGAUUGUCCCUAGCAGUGCAGAACCGUCCCCUUCAUGGAUUGAACCGCCGUUACUCUCUCUCUCUCGCCCAGUCGGGAUUAAGAUAUUCUCAACUAGGACAGUUCGUCUUCUUCUAUGAUGUCUCUUCAUUCACGCGAUACUAAACCUUGGACCCAUUGAGACCCGUUGCAUCAGCCGUCUCCCAUCGGCCUGGGUUUCACUCACUGGAUUAAGAUUGCAAC